AUGCAGAACGGACGCCGAAGUGUUGGCCCCCCGCCCACCAAUGUCCUCACUUGCACAUGUAUCUACAAAUUCGCGGCUCACACUGAGCGUGAACUUCCAAUGAAUAAAGGAGACAUCAUUCGAAUUCAUCGCGAGAUCGACACGAAUUGGCUGGAGGGCGAGCGAAAUGGUCGGGUCGGCAUCUUUCCGCGCAGUUACGUGCAGGUCGAGUCCGAAUUCGAACGAUGUCCAGUGAAAUACCGUGCCGUCUACCCCUUCACCGCCCGCAACGCCAACGAGAUGUCGUUGAAAGUGGGCCAAUUGGUGACGUUCCGACGGGAAAUUGACACAAACUGGAUGGAAGGAACGAAUCAUCUUGGCGAGAUCGGCAUCUUCCCUGGGUGCUAUGUGCGAAGGCAGGAGGAUACUGAUAUCGUGCCCACAAUGGCACCUGAUCGUCCCAAGACACCACAUGCCACCCUACAACGGCGAAUCCCGGAACAGCCGCAUGAAAGGACGCCCGACGAACCGACGCUUUGUUUACCACAUCCGGUGGCCCAGGAAAUGCCGGUGCUGCAGAAUGGCUACGGCGUAUCGAAAGAGGUUCCAAUUGCCGUGUCUGGCUACUCAACAAAUCAUACGCUCCAAAAUGGCAUCGAUCGCAGCCGAAGAUAUGAUGAUUACGACGCCCACAACGAUAAACUGAACGAGUGGAGCAACCGUAAGCAGGCACUUUCUCAACCCUCGGCGGCCCCGCCAGCCAGCCUUGUGCCCCAGAAUUCUGAAACUUUCCGGGCCCUCUACCCGUAUCGUCCGGCCAAUGAGGACGAGCUGGAGUUGCAGGUGAACGAUAUUGUGUUCGUCGUCGAGAAAUGUGAUGACGGCUGGUUUAUCGGCACCCUGCUACGUACCGGUCAAUUCGGCACGUUCCCCGGCAACUACGUCGUCAGGCAU